CUCCAAACCCUUCAACAUACUCCUCCCUCCCUCCCUCCCUCUCUUUCUGAGUUUAACGGCCAAAGCUUGAUCUUCCUUUCCAUUAUUGAUCAGAUCUUGGUGCUCUCUUUCCUUUCUUCAAUCAUCCAACGGAGAUGAAAAAAGCCUAAAAGAUUUGAGUUCAGCUGGCUCAAGUUCUUCUCCUUGUUCCUUAGAUUUACCUUUAUAAAAUCCUUCAGAUUAUGUGAUCGUUGCUGUCUCUUCCUGCAGCUCGAUCUACCAAAAACUACCCUCCACGAAGUUGCAGAUCCAUUUCUUAUUUAUGGUGUCUGAGUAAAACUUGUGGACUUUAGUGUCAAAUCCCUGGCUACGAUUUUACCUUUCUUGUAGUAAAAAAACUUUGCAAAAACUACCAAAACAUGUAAUUUAGCCCUUCUCAGUCAUCUCCUCCUUCCAAAAACAAAUAUAUUUACAGAAAAAAAAAACAAAAAAAGAGAGUUAGGCAUGGAGGAGCCGGCGACACCGAACUCAUCGGCGACGGCGACGCCCGGGACGCCUGGCGCGCCGCUCUUCAAUUCGCUCCGGGUUGACUCACUGCCCCACGACCGGAAGAGGAUGCCGAGGUGUGCCAAUUGCCUGCCGGCGUCGCGCGGCAUGUGCUUCACGGAGUUCCCCAGACCCGACAUCUCGCUCACACGCAAGCUGGGAGCAGAAUUCGUGGGCACCUUCAUCCUCAUCUUCGGCGCCACGGCGGCGCCUAUCGUGAACCAGAAGUACAACGGCGCCGAGACGCUGAUCGGGAACGCCGCCUGCGCCGGCCUCGCGGUGAUGGUCGUGAUCCUGUCGACGGGCCACAUCUCCGGCGCCCACCUCAACCCGUCCCUCACCAUCGCCUUCGCUCUGCUCCGCCACUUCCCUUGGGUCCACGUCCCUGCAUACAUCCUUGCCCAGGUCUCCGCUUCCAUCUCCGCCUCCUUCGCCCUCAAGGCCAUCUUCCACCCCUUCCUCUCCGGCGGCGUCACCGUCCCCUCGGUCCCCACCGCCCAGGCCUUCUCCAUCGAGUUCGUCAUCACCUUCAACCUCCUCUUCGUCUUCACCGCCGUCGCCACCGACACUCGCGCAGUCGGAGAACUGGCCGGAAUUGCCGUCGGAGCCACCGUUAUUCUCAACAUUCUCAUAGCAGGGCCGUUAAGCGGGGGAUCAAUGAAUCCUGUUCGAACUCUGGGACCGGCAGUGGCAGCAGGAAAUUACAAGCAGAUAUGGAUAUAUCUGGUGGCGCCGACGGCCGGCGCGAUCGCCGGAGCUACGGCUUACACAUUAGUGAAGCUGAAGGGAGAGGACGAGCAGAUUCCACAGAGGAGCUUUCGCCGCUAGACGUUGACAAAACUUGUGCUAGCAUGGCCUUUAAUAACCAAAAACUCAUGUCAUGAUUCGAUAAAGUAUUUAUGUUAUGUAUAUCGUACUUUAUAAUUAUUUGAUAAAAAUAUGUGAAUAGUAUAAAUAUAUAGAUACGAUGGAUUAGUCAUUAUAUAAAGGAGGUAUUUUAGAUCAUUUGACCGGGUCCA